CAUUUAACUAUCUGUCUGUUGCUCGUCGGGAACCACAAUGAGCAAACUAAACCCGUGAUGCGCGCGCAGGUGAAGAGAUCAGCGCGUGCAGGGCGCGAGGUUUUGUGUUGUGCCUCAAGAAGCAGCAGCUCAGAAGAUGUGUGCGCCCCCGUUCUAGACGCAUUACGGUAGACCAAACUGUCCCCUAACACAUCGCCAACACAAGACACAAGCGGAGUAAUUCAACACUGAUUUCUCUGCGAAUGAGCGAGGAACAGACGAGAUGCCAAAAACUCCAGCGAGAAGCAUUAUUGGGACUUUAGGAAAACUCACCGUGUGACUAACUGAAAGAAACAGAGAAGACCUGAAGCGACGAGGAGGCGCAAAGAGCCGCGUGCUUGUUCUUCACGAACUUUGCGUAGCGCUGUGACCAUGCAGCCUUUGAGCUAGUGCACGAUUAUUGUUUCCACUUAUCACCCAACUGAGUGACCAGUCUGAGAGAGGACGCCAGUCAAAAAGGAAAGGAAGACUAAUAAAGACACUUGUCUUUGAAAGUAAUGGUCUGAAGACAUCACUCAUAGAACAGGAUUUUUUUUUCUUCUUCUUCUGCGUUGCUCUGCUGAAGGUUUCUGGAAUCACUGGGACAUUCACGAGAGCUGGAGGGACACAUCCACAUGGUCCAGCCGUAAAGUGAAAGUAGAGUUCUUCACAAUAUCCUAACAGGUGCCACGUGAUGAUGGUAGAAUCAGCAACUGAGACCAUUCGAACCACACCCUCCAAUCAAAAUGGAGUCAGCAGUCUUAGCAGCCAAUCAGAUGGCGGAGGAAGAGAGGGAGGGUCCAAUGGUGACACCAAUGGGGAGAUCAGCCCGGUGGACUUACUGCACCUUCAACAGCAGCAGGCCCUCCAGGCAGCACGCCAGUUCAUCCUCCAGCAGGCCACAGGACUCAACUCCCCCAGCAGCAAUGAGGUCAAACAGAGCCCUGUGCAGGUGCCGGUAUCCAUGGCGAUGAUGACCCCACAGAUGAUAACUCCUCAGCAGAUGCAGCAGAUCCUCUCUCCACCUCAGCUCCAAGCUUUACUCCAACAGCAACAAGCCCUUAUGCUGCAACAGCUGCAGGAGUACUACAAGAAGCAACAGGAGCAGUUGCACCUUCAGCUCCUUACCCAACAACAGCAAGCAGGGAAGCAGGCCAAAGAGCAGCAGCAGUUGGGGAAUAAACAGCUGGCUUUCCAGCAGCAGCUGAUCCAGAUGCAACAACUACAGCAGCAACACAUUCUGAAUCUACAAAGACAGGGCCUGGUGAGCCUACAGCCGGGCCAAGGAGCAGUACCCAUUCAGAGCCUGCAGCAAGCCAUGUGUCCCACUGACCUGCAGCAGUUAUGGAAGGAUGUGACCGGUGUUCAGAUCACAGAGGAGGUCAUGAAGCAUGAGGGCCUCGAUCUGACCACCAACAGCUCCAACACUACCUCAUACUCGGCCUCCAAGGUCUCACCUCAGAUCCCCCAUCACCCUUUGCCAAAUGGACAGAACUCUGUGCACACUCCAAAGAGAGACAGAGCAAGACUCUUUGAGUGGAUCUCCUCCUUCACCAAGGAGUCCAGUGAUGAGCAUCUCACGCCUUAUUCCAAAGGCACUCCCAUGCAGAGCACCCACUCGACUCACGAGGAACACACGGCCUCUCACCCGCUCUAUGGACACGGCGAAUGCAAGUGGCCUGGCUGCGAAGCGCUCUGCGAUGACAUGGGCCAGUUCAUUAAGCACCUGAACAGUGAACACGCCCUGGAUGAUCGCAGUACGGCCCAGUGCAGGGUCCAGAUGCAGGUCGUUCAACAGCUGGAGAUACAGUUGGCCAAAGAGAGCGAGCGUCUGCAGGCCAUGAUGACCCACCUGCACAUGCGUCCAUCAGAGCCAAAGCCUUUCAACCAACCUCUGAACCUGGCCUCUAGCAUGUCGCUGUCAAAAAGAGAAACUGAGGGGUUUCCUGAGGGCUUGCCUCAUCCCCCCACCUCUGCCGCAGCCCCCAUCACCCCCAUGAGGCAGGGACCCUCCGUCAUAAGCUCCUCCAGCCUGCACGGAGUCGGGCACAUCCGUCGGCGCAACUCCGACAAGUUCUGCACCCCCAUCGCUUCAGAACUUGCACAGAAUUGUGAAUUCUACAAAAAUGCUGAUGUCAGGCCUCCAUUCACCUACGCCUCCCUCAUACGACACGCCAUUCUGGAAGCCCCUGACCGACAGCUGACUCUAAACGAGAUCUAUAACUGGUUUACACGAAUGUUUGCCUAUUUCAGGAGAAACACAGCAACAUGGAAGAAUGCUGUGCGCCAUAACCUGAGUCUGCACAAGUGCUUUGUGCGGGUCGAGAAUGUCAAGGGUGCUGUUUGGACCGUGGACGAAGUGGAAUACCAAAAGAGGAGACCACCAAAGAUGACCGGAAGUCCCACUCUCGUGAAGAAUAUGAUUUCUGGGCUGGGAUUUGGUUCUCUGAAUGCCAGCUAUCAGGCUGCACUUGCGGAGAGCAGUCUUGGUCUUCUGAACAGCACCACCCUGAUGAACAACAGCACAGGUGCGAGCCUCAACAUGCUGCACAUCGGCCACGAUGAUGUCAGCAGCACUGUCGAACAAGUCAACAGUAACGGCAGCUGCAGCCCUGGCCUUUCUCCACAGCAGUAUGGACACCAAGUCCAUGUGAAGGAGGAGCCAGCUGAGAUGGAGGAGGACAGCAGACCCAUGUCCCUUAUGGCAUCUGUCACUCAAAACAUGAGCAUGCCCAUUGAUGAGCGCGACAUGGAGGAGGAGCUUCCCACUGAGGAGCUGGAGUAGGAGGAAGGCUUGAUGGAGGCGGAGCCUGUCCCUGUCCCUCCCUCCCUCAUAUUCAAGAUUUUCAAGAUCAAGUGAGAAACAAAGAUUUAAAAAAUCAACUACAACUUCAAGAACCAAAACAGGGUUAGACCUCAUCAGUUCAAAAUCCCAAAACACAUUUCCCCCUCUUAAUUUUUGUUUCUUCUGUCAGUAGCAUCAAAAAGGCCCUUUGAGCAGCUGUGCAUUGUGUCCUCCUGUAUUCUGAAACAUGGUCUGAUAGAAGUAUGGACCACUGUAUCUAAAGCUACUGAGGAAAACCUAACAUCAGUAUACAAGCUUAGUCAUUUUUUUUUCCACAAGUCUCUCAAGGUUUCUUUACCUUAAGUCUUUUUUAGCUUUAACUUUUAUGUUCUUUGGGCCUGAGAACACUGCUUUUCUAUGGGAUAAAUACACAACGGAAAGAUGUUUGAAAAAAGGAAAAAAGAUGAUAAACACACAUCUUUAGAACGACUUCUGAUUUCAACCGGAUUUUUGUACUCGUUCAAGGUGAUGCUGCAAGACUUUGCGCUCUCAUGGAUAAGUUCACCACUCGCGACAAAGGCAAAGACUGAAAGGAAAUGAGCUGAAAGACUGGUGACAGCAUCCUUGGCCACCUGACCAACCCUUUUUUUCUUCUUUUUUGUCUACCCUUACAUGACUGGACUAGAGAAACGGGGGGCGUGUUCUGUUUUGAGGCAGUGUUAUCCUAUGAUCAGACUGCGGAUGCUUGCGCUGUCCCUAUCUUUAUCUGAUGGUAUCUGCAAGGAUCUGCCCAACUGUGUUUUUCCCCCUCGCUCUUUAUCAGACUAAACGUAGAAAAUGUUGCUACCCCCCAAAAAGGCAUAUUUCAGGAAAAGGAACUUUUUGGUUGUUGUUCUCCUGUGGUGCUGUUAUGACAGCCAGACUGACAUGAGGCUUGCGGAGGACCGGCUCAGAGACUCUAUUGACUGUAUCGUUGAUUAUAAUAUGUGUGCAGUAGCUUUCGAUUUCGUUUUACUUUCAUAGUCAUUUAUUUCUAAAGGAUCAAUUUUUCGUUGUGAUGUAAUUCGACUAUUAUGUCUUCUGUUAAUGAUUGUUUUGUUUUGCUUUUUAAAUUCUCUCAUCAUUCCAAAAAGGGGUUACAUUUGGGAGAGAAGUUCCAAAAUCUUUUAUUCUACAAACUCCACUCCAAUAGUCCUAAAUGUCCUAGCAUUGGGUCACGAGUAUUGAGGAUAGCACUUAGCGUUAAGUGAAAACUUUCCGAAACAGAACCACAGAUGAAAUAUAAUGUGAAAUACCAACAAAACCACUCAAACAUUUCUAUAGCAGAGAGAAGAUGAAACUGAAGAGACAGAGGCGGAAUACGCAUUGUAGGGCUCCCUGUAAGAUCCUGGAGGGGAAAAGAAAAUCUUUUUUUUUUUUUUUUCUUCACAAAUUUGCUUAAUUUGUUCAUUUAUUUUGAAAUUUUUUAUCUUAUUUUCCCAGAUUUGCGCCGUUUACCUUUUUCGUUUCAGAAUUUUCUGUUGUAGCCAAUUGAUAUCAGCUGCGAUACAAAAUAUUGCUUUAAGGUGAAAGAUAACAAGGUCACGGAAUACCUCAGACCACAGUGUUUGCCCCCUCACGCUGUUAUUACAAAGGGGAAUUGUACUGUGGCUAACCAACACGGUGACUCUCACUUUAUCAGUUCAAAGUUCUAUAGUGAUUAGAUAUAUAAAAGUUAUUUGCAAUUCACUGUGUAAGUAGAAAGUGUCUGAUUAGCAUGUGAGAUUUUGCUUUCGCUGAACUAAAAAAAAAAAAAAAAAAAACCUUCUCAGUAGUGCCAUGCCAAAUUCCGAGUUUUAAUUUAAUAUAUGUUGCUUUUUAGUUUUUUUUCCCCAUUUUACUUUUGUUACAGGUAACCAAAGAGAUAUUUAGGAAACCAAAAACUCUUUUUUAUUUAUAAUUUUCUUCUUCCUAAAGAACUGGCCAAAAGAACACAGAUACGUCAUAUUUAAUUUUCCUUUUUUUCAGUUAAAUCAAUUGUUUUUUGACUUACACUACAGAGCAUUCCAAAAACCAAAGUGUAAAAUGCAAAUCCUUUUUUUUUUUUUUUUUUUUUUUAAAGAAAACGGUUUUAAUAUACGUUAACCUAAUGAGUUCUUAACACUACAUAUGUUUAAAGCAAAAAA